CUCUUUUUCUAAUUACAGUCGCCUGCUGUGAUUCCGUUGGUGAAGGAGCCAAAGUGAAGGAAUAUAAAAAAGAAAGCCUAAACAUAAUCCCUCCCUACUAUCGAGGUUCAUACCACUAUAUAAACUACCUUAAUUAACCCUAAUUAACCUAAAUCACAAUCAAAUAAUCUUUCUUCUUCUUUGAUUUAUACUUCUAGUAAUUUUCAUUUCAUUGCUGCUCGUUCCAGCUGUGCCCUAGCUUGCUAGCUCAAGAGGAAGAAAUGAACAGAGCAGGAGAUUGGAAUUGCAGGUUGUGUCAGCACCUGAACUUUCAAAGGAGAGAAUUAUGCCAGCGCUGUGGAGAGGCAAGAGAUCAUUAUGGAAUUAGUUUCGGGGGCUCGUCAUCUUUUGGGUUCAGUACAGGGCCUGAUGUUAGACCCGGGGACUGGUAUUGCUCGUUCGCUAACUGUGGGACUCAUAACUUUGCCAGUCGCUCCACCUGCUUCAAGUGCGGCGCUUCCAAGGAUGAACCAGCUUCUGCAGGAUCAUCAUUCCACGGCACUGAAAUGUUGCGGAUGAGAGGUUUUGGGUUCGGCGGAGGGGGCAGUACUAGUCGCUCUGCAGGGUGGAAAUCUGGAGACUGGAUCUGCACCAGGAGCGGGUGCAAUGAGCACAAUUUUGCUAGCAGGACUGAAUGCUACAGAUGCAAUGCUCCGAGGGAUUCAUCUGCUACCAACUCUUCACAUUAAUCUUACAUUUUCCUUUCUCGGUUCUUCUGUGCUGGAGUGCAGCUGCAAAUAGAGAAUCAAAACCCAAGAUCCUUGCCCUUUUAUUAAGUAUAUUCUGCUGAGGAGAUAUUUUUUAGUUGGAUUUUGAGGUAGAUUUUAGCAUUUUGUGAUCCUUGUUACUUGUUGUAUAAGUUAGGUAAUUACACUUUGUGGGUAUCAAUUGAUAUCUAUUAUCAACUUAA